CGCGGAAGUGUGGCAGGUCGUGCGGCGGGUGUAUAGCGCGGGCUCGCAGCGCUGACCCGCAGUCGAGCGCGGGGCCUCCACAAUGUUUCACGAUAAAGUAGUGCUCAUUACCGGCGCCAGCUCCGGCAUAGGAGCCGCCUGCGCGGUAGCAUUCGCAAAGUCCUCCGCCUCCCUAACGCUAGUAGGUAGGAAUUCCGACAAUCUUAAUAAAGUAGCCAAACAGUGCGAGAAGUUAAACCAACUACAACCUCUCACUAUCGUCGCUGAUAUUACUUUGGAAACUGAUCUUGAACGGAUCACUGAAGAAACUGUAAAUAGAUAUGGGAAAAUCGAUGUUUUAAUAAACAACGCCGGUGUGAACUCCAUCUCACCGACCAUCACGCCGGCUGAAGCGUUCGACACGGUAAUGACUACCAAUCUACGUGGAACAUACUUACUCACUAGUAAAAUAACACCUUAUUUGGCAAAAACUAAAGGGAACAUCGUAAAUAUUUCGAGUAUACUGUCAAAUAAGCCCUUGCCGAUGAUGACACCAUACUGCAUGUCCAAAGCAGCUCUUGACAUGUUUACAAAGUGUACAGCAUUACAACUGUCUCCUAAAGGGGUACGAGUGAAUGCCGUUAAUCCGGGACCUGUAAAGACGGAGUUGUUCCGCCGCGGCGGCAUGAGCGAUGUGGACUGCGAGAGAAUGUUCCUCGGCAUCGAAAUGAAUUCGCCGUUAAAGAAAAUAACAAAAGGGGAAGAUGUAGCGGAACUAGUGACGUUCCUAGCCAGUGAUAGAGCAAGUUGUAUUAAUGGAAGUUGCUACGUCAUCGACUGCGGACUAUUGUUGGGCGAUGCUUCCAAUUUGUGAUUGAUGAAUACAUACAUAGAUACAAGUAAAACAGUAUUAAAUA